AUGCGUUCCACGAUAUUGAAAGUUGCGGCCGUGCUGUCGCCCGUCGCGCUCGCGCAGGCGGCAGUCUUCAUACCAGAUUCCAGCUGCGCCACUUGUGCAGGAUUGAGCUCCCUCCCGGUCCCAUAUAACCUCUCGGCCUCGCAGACCAAUAGUAUAGAUGAAGGUGCAUCCAAUUCCUUCUGGAUAUCUUCUUUUGUGAGCGGCUCUAACGGCCACCAAUACUUCAUCCUGUCGCAUGUCCUAGGCGGCUCGCUUGCCAGCUACCGCGCAUCUGUGCUCGACAUCACCAACCCGUCCAUCCGCGCUCAGUUCUCGACCAGCGACACCGCCAACACCAGCAUCUAUUCGGACACGGGUAUCUUCAACUUCACCACCAGCAACUUCACCUUUGGCGCUACUAGCGAAACAGAUGGCCUCACUAAGAUGCGCACCUGGAGCAACUAUAACAGCGUUCAGUUCGAUAUCACCUUCGAGACCUCCUCGCCUGUCCUGCUCAACGGCGGCACAGGCAGCUUCGAGGCUACUGGUGGAUUCGGCUAUGAGUGGUCUAUGCCCGCGGGGAAGACGACCGGCUCGCUAACCAUUCAGAAUACGACCGUCACCAUCGACACUUUGCACUCCAAGACCUGGUACGACCGUCAGUGGGGAAAUGUCGCCCAGGCUUGGUACUGGUUCGAGAUCCACAUCGAACCCAUUGCCGCGUACCCGACUGGUGCUGUCCUGUCAGUGUGGAAUUGGAUAGACGACAUCUCGGGCAACAAGAAUUUUGCGACUGUGAGAGACGCGCUAGGAACCCAGAGUAUAGUGCCAGUCACGAAGUUUGCUCGCAACCUGAAUUCUGUUUGGACUUCGGUUCACACGGGAGACAAAUGGGUACAGGAAUUCGACCUUAUGUUAGAGGACGGGACGUCCCUCUCCAUCUCGAGCGUCAGGGAGGAUCAGGAACUGUGGGACGAGGCGGACGCGGCUGCAGGCGGUGGUUUCGAGGGAUACAUGACCGUGACUGGCUCAUACAAGGGCAUUCCCGGAGCACGCGGGUUCGCUAAUAAGAAACGUACUAACAAAAUCACCGGGGUGUCGAAAACCUUGGUUGACAGAACUAAAUAUAUUAACAAUACCAGAUUUGAUGAGUGGUGGGACAGAGAUUGUAACACAACUGAACGCCUUAGCAUUGUACAUGGCGAUAAGCUUCUAAAAUUCCGAUACCUUCGGGAUUAUUGGACUAUGCUAGAAAAAUAUUUAAAAAGUGCCUCCUAUCCCGAAGCUGCAGCGGCAAACAAAAUCCACGGCCACCUAUGUGACUUGUCACAGGUUGAGUUGCUCGAAACUAACCUCAAUGCACUCCUAGAGUUCGCUACGAAUAAUAAUACCCAUAAACUCGACCGUAUCACUUACACAGUGGCGAACGUCCCGAGACUCCCAGGCUUAGCCGACUAUCAAGCUUCUGAGACAAAAGCAUCAAUACUCAUCCUUCGCUACGAUGCCCCUAUAGAACCUACCAUAGCCAAUAAUAAUAUUAUAGAAGCUAUAAUAAUAUCUCAUCGUUCUUGGGAAGUUGGCACCCGCAUACAUGAACCCAGGCCCACGCUCCACACUGGAGCGUCGACGGCUACAAAGCCGACUCCCGGCCGAGGUCUACUUACGGCUUCAGGAGCUUCUACCGAGGGUGUGGCGAAGGGACUCGCAGUUGACUUGGCGCCAAUCAGAGUCAACUUUGUCGCGCCGGGUACAGUCGAUACUGAGUUGCUUAGAGCGCUUGCUGGACCGGAUCCUAAGGUUCAGGCUGGGUUCAAGGAAAUGCUGAAGUAG